AUGGGCUCUACAAAUCCAACGCCACACACGCAUCCCGUCCCACCCUCUGGAGUGUAUGCUCCGGCCGUUACUUUCUUCGAUCCUGCUACCGACACCUUGCUGCCAAAUGAACAGGCGCAAUACUACUCCUACCUUGCAAAUUCCGGGUUGAGAGGACUGGUCAUCUUGGGGACCAAUGCGGAGACCUUUCUGCUCACCCGAGACGAACGAGCCGCGCUCCUGCGAUUAGCACGCAAGUCAGUUCCUGAGAACUACCCCAUCAUUGCCGGAGUCGGAGGGCAUUCAACAGCGCAGGUCCUCGAGUACAUCGCCGACGCCCAUGCCGCUGGGGCGAACUAUGUCCUCGUGCUUCCUUGCGCAUACUUUGGCAAGCAGACCACACCCACCGUCGUCCACAACUUCUACGCCGCCGUCGCGAAAGCCUCUCCUCUUCCCAUCCUCAUCUAUAACUUCCCUGCCGUGUGUAAUGGCCUCGACUUGGACUCGGAUGUCAUUGCAGCUUUGGCGCAGGAAUUCCCGAACAUUGUUGGAGUGAAACUGACCUGCGGUUCGGUGGGAAAGAUCACACGACUGUCAGCCACCUUCCAACCCGAGCGGUUUGCGGUGUUUGGUGGGCAGUCCGAUUUCUUGGUCGGUGGGCUGGCGGCCGGGUCGGCAGGUUGCAUUGCGGCUUUUGCCAACAUCUUCCCAAAGACGGUUGUCAAAGUCUUCGACCUAUGGAAAAUGGGCAAACACGACCAGGCGUUGGCACUGCAAAGAAUGUCCGCUCAUGCCGAAAACCCUACAAAAGCCGGGAUAGCCACUACCAAAUACGCAGUUAGUCAGUUCAGCGCGAAGAAAGCCGGAAUCCAAGGCGAUCUUGAGGCCAUGCUGCGACCUCGGCGACCGUAUGAAGAGCCCAGUGAAGCGGUCAAGAAGAAGAUUGUUGAGUUGAUGUUGCCCGUGGAUGAGAUUGAGAAGACGCUUUGA